AUUUAUUAUAUAUAAAAUGUGUAAAAUAUACUAUUAUGAAUCUUAAUCUUGUAUCCAGUCCCCUUUUGUUUAUCGGUUCAAACUUAAAUAUACACAAAUUUAAUGAGUUUAAUAAAAUUUUAACUACACAUAACAAAUAUGAUUUUAAUAUUAAAUCCAGACCAUUAAUUCCUUCUGAAGAUUUCUUAAAUCAAACCCAAACAAGUUUUAAAUCGGAUAAAUUAAGAAAGAAUCCUCACUUGGAUUCUGAUUUGGUAACAUAUACUGGAUCAGCUCUUCAGUACGAUAAUAAACAUAAAGAUUCUACACCUGUUAAUGAUUUUUCUACAGUUUUCUCCUCUAAACCCCUAAUUAAUACACUUUCUAAGAUUUUUGCAAAGGAAGGUUUGUCAAAAUUGAAUGAAUACCAAUUAUCUCUUUUUGAUGAACUGUUGAAUGGAAGAGAUGUUAUACUUCAUAGUUACACAUCUUCCGGGAAAACAUUUUCUGUACUUUUAUACAUGGCCCUUCGAUACUAUUAUCAGUUGGACCCAAAGUUUCUAUCAUCGGUUUCAUUUUCUCAAAUUCUAAAUCGGAUUAAAGAUGUACAAUAUAACGAUACAUUACAUUUUAAGAGACAACAAACUCCUUUAAACCGUAGAGUUUUGGUUUUAUGUCCAACAAAGGAGCUAGCAGCCCAGUCUGCAAAUCAGCUUAUUAAUUUUACUGGUGGAAAGAAGGAUGUAGUUCACUUAAUAAUAGAUGAGCAUGAUGUUUGCCCUAAAAUAGCCCCUGAAUCGAUAUUUAUAGUUGGGUCAUCAAACCAGGUUGAGUCAUAUUUUUUGCAUGAAGACCAGAAACACACAAGAUCCAUUCUCCAAACGAUUGAUUAUGUAUUCUUAGAUGAAAUGGACAGAUUAAUCAAAGUGCCAAAUCAAUAUGCAAAUGUUAAGAAGAAAAGGAUUCUAAAUGAGAAGCCAGGUUCAUCAUAUAAUAUUUGUCAGACUUUGCUUUCCAUAUCGCCUAACAAACUAAGAUUUGUUUGUGCCUCGGCUUCAAUAACCAGACAACACAUACGCAAAGUCAACAGCUUGAUUAGGAUGUACAGAAAUAGUAGAGAUAACUUGACGGCAUUGAUAAGGAAGAAGAUAAGCGCAACAGACACUGGAAGAUACGUCUCAAUUCCUGAAACUAUUAACCAUUUUUACUCUAUAUCUUCUCAAGAUACUCAAGAGUCCAAAGUUAGGAACUUGUUGAAUAUGUUGAAGAGGGAUACUGGGACUGCCAUCGUGUUCCUUAGUUCAGGCUCUCUGUUUUCACUAAAAGAAAGUUUAGAGAAAAAUAAUAUUAAGUGUAAAAUACUACACCAUGAGUUUGGAAUUAGAGACGAUUACAAUAAAGAGGAAGGUGAAUCGGGGGGAAAUAGGUCGAGUACGUCAGUUGAAAAGAUUACGAAAUUGCAAAACAGUAUUAAAGAAGGAGAUAAUGGACAUGUCCUACUAGCAUCUACAGAUUCCGCCAGAGGAAUACACCUGUCAAUGCUGGACUCAGUAUAUAUACUUGGAAGACCAAGAAAUGUAAAUGAAUACAUACAUAUAUCAGGGAGAGUUGGAAGAUGUUCAAGAACAGGAAGGUGUAUAACUAUUGAUACUGACGAGAGUAUAAAGAUAUUGCUAUCAUGGCAAAAACAAAUCAACACAGAGAUUUCACAAAUUUCUAAGUCAAAACAACACAGUGAAGUGAGUGUACCAUGGUCAUAACAUUAUUCCAAUUAAGGAAUCCUUGAUAAAUUAAAUAUCUUACUAUUC